AUGGUUCGCGGAGGAGCACGUGCAGGGAGAGGGAGAGGAAGAGGAAGAGGACGUGGUCGUAAUGGGCCUAAUUCGGUUGAGACUGCAUCUGAUUCAGCAAUUACUAAUAACAGUGGUCAGGCGAUUCACAGCAGUGGUCCGGUGACUCACAACAGUGGUCAGGCAUCAGUGCAUGGAGUGGAUCCUGAAGUGCUGAGGAACCUCGUGAUGGACUAA